AUGGCGUCGAAGCUGAGUACGUGUUUCGUGUGCUGGAACCUGAGCGGCUUCAACUGCGUUAACCACCCUAACAGCAAUGGUAGGGUAGUGCGAGUUCCGUUUCCAGCUUCUUGCAGAAUGCGGCACCGCACCACUUUCAGUUCGCAGCAUAAGAGGCAACAGAUCAAGCCUUACAUGGAGGUAGGUCUCCCUAAAAAUCAAGAUGAAGAAGAAGAUUCUGAGAUUACAUUCAACCACGAUGAAUUUGUGGACAAUACAAGUGAUACGACCGCGCCUUUGGCCAUAAACAUAAACGGAGCAGAGCAGGCUCAACAGUUGUCUGGUAAGCAAAUUGAGGAUUUGCUGGGCAUGAUAAGAAAUGCCGAGAAAAACAUUCUUCUUUUAAAUCAGGCUAGAGUUCGUGCACUUAAAGAUCUUGAAAAGAUUCAUGCUGAAAAGGAAGCACUGCGAGGAGAAAUCAAUGUCUUAGAGAUGAGAUUGGUUGAGACUGAUGCACAGAUUAAAGUUGCCACCCAGGAAAAAUUGCACGUCGAACUCUUGGAGGGGCAGUUAGAGAAACUUCGCAAUGAGUUGGCCGAAAAGGAAAGUACUGAAGAAAGAUAUGCAAAAGUGCAUGACCCUCAAAAUGGAGAUUUGAGGGAUGCAAAGCCUCUCAGUAAUAAUGAUAUUAUUUAUCCCCUUACUGAGGAGCUUAAUUCAUUAAGGGCAGAAAACACCUCUUUGAAGAAUGCCAUAGAAUCAUUUAAAGCACAAUUUAGUGUUGUCAAGAAUAAUGAUGAACGUUUGGUGGCAUUGGAAAAGGAACGAUCAUCUUUGGAAUCAGCUCUAAAAGACUUGGAAUCAAAACUAUUUUCUCAGGAGGAUGUAUCAAAACUUUCUACACUUACAGUUGAAUGCAAGGAUUUAUGGGAUAAGGUUGAACAUUUGCAAUCAUUGCUAGAUAAAGCAACCAAACAAGCUGAUCAAGCUGUUACUGUGCUGCAACAAAACCAGGAUCUUCGGAGGAAAGUUGAUAAAUUGGAAACAUCUCUUGAAGAAGCUUAUAUCUAUAAGCUAUCUUCUGAUAAAUUGCAAAAAUAUAAUGAACUAAUGCAACAAAAGAUAAAACUAUUGGAGGACCGUCUUCAAAAAUCAGAUGAAGAGAUAAAUUCUUAUGUUCAUCUAUAUCAACAGUCAGUGAAGGAAUUUCAAGAUACACUAGAUACUCUGAAAGAAGAAAGCAAGAGAAGGACACUGGAAGAGCCGGUAGAAGAUAUGCCAUGGGAAUUUUGGAAUCAACUGUUACUUCUAAUUGAUGGUUGGGCAUUAGAGAAGAAAAUAUCAAUGGACGAUGCAAGUCUUUUGAGAGAAAAGGUGAGGAGGAGAGAGAGGCCUAUAAGUGAUACAUAUAAGGCCUACAAAGAACAGAGUGAACAUGAGGCUAUUUCUGCAUUUCUUGGUCUUUUAUCAUCUGCAACAAGUCAAGGAUUACAUGUGGUUCAUAUUGCAGCAGAGAUGGCACCAGUAGCUAAGGUUGGUGGUUUAGGGGAUGUUGUCAGUGGUCUAGGCAAAGCACUUCAAAAGAAAGGGCACCUUGUUGAAAUUGUUCUUCCCAAAUAUGAUUGUAUGCAAUAUGGUCGUGUCUGUGACUUAAGGGCUUUGAAUGUGGUGAUAGAAUCAUACUUUGAUAGCCAAUUAUACGAAAGUAAAAUCUGGGUUGGUACUGUUGAAGGUCUUCCUGUUUAUUUCAUUGAGCCUCAGCAUCCUGAUAAGUUCUUCUGGAGAGGAAAGUUUUAUGGCGAGCAUGAUGAUUUCAGACGGUUUUCUUUUUUUAGCCGUGCUGCUCUUGAGUUUCUUCUUCUAGCUGGCAAGAAGCCAGAUAUCAUUCAUUGUCACGAUUGGCAGACAGCAUUUAUUGCUCCUCUGUACUGGGAGAUAUAUGUACAUAAAGGAUUAAAUUCAGCUAGGAUAUGCUUUACAUGCCACAACUUUGAGUAUCAAGGGACUGCAGCAGCUUCAGAGUUAGAGUCAUGUGGUCUUGAUAAGAACAAUCUACACAGAUCAGAUAGAAUGCAGGACAACUCCGCACAUGAUAGAGUUAAUGCUGUAAAGGGUGGGAUUGUUUUCUCAAACAUCGUGACGACAGUUUCACCUACUUAUGCCCAAGAAGUGAGAACUGCAGAGGGAGGACAUGGUCUCCAUUCAACACUCGCUUCUAACACCAAAAAGUUCAUUGGUAUUCUUAAUGGUAUUGAUAUUGAUGCAUGGAAUCCUGCCACUGAUGCAUUUCUUCCAGUUCAGUACAAUGCAACUGAUCUUGAAGGGAAACUAGAGAAUAAGCAAGCCCUGAGAAGGAACCUAGGUCUUUCAUCUGCAGAUAUUGGGAGGCCAUUGGUUGGCUGUAUAACAAGAUUGGUUCCACAAAAGGGUGUUCAUCUUAUUAGACAUGCAAUAUACCUAACAUUGGAGUUGGGAGGACAAUUUGUUCUACUUGGUUCAAGCCCAGUGCCACAUAUUCAGAAAGAGUUUGAGGGCAUUGCCGACAACUUUCAGAAUCAUGAUCACAUAAGGUUGAUAUUGAAGUAUGAUGAAUCUCUCUCCCAUGCAAUUUAUGCUGCAUCUGACAUGUUCAUCAUUCCAUCAAUCUUUGAACCUUGUGGCCUAACACAGAUGAUAUCAAUGAGAUAUGGUGCCAUUCCUAUUGUCAGAAAAACCGGUGGCCUAAAUGACAGUGUUUUUGAUGUUGAUGAUGAUACAAUACCUCCACAGUUUCGAAAUGGAUUUACAUUUGUGAAUGCCGAUGAGCAGGGUUUAAAAGGUGCUUUGCUACGAGCAUGGAAUCUCUUCAAGAACAAUCCUGAGACUUGGAAGCAACUUGUUCAGAAGGACAUGAGCAUAGAUUUCAGCUGGGAAUCAUCAUCGGCACAAUAUGAGGAGCUCUACAUAAACCUUGCAAAAACAUCCCAGAUUGGGAAUGAAUAUAACGAAUGCGACAUGGUUGCUGAAAAUAUGCUGUUAGUUCCAUUGCCUCAUCGCCCAGUAGUUACUACUUUAUCUGUUCGAGCGGGGUUUGAUCAUGGCAUACUUAGACGAAUAAACAGGUUGAGAGUAAUUGAAAUUCCAGCACCCGUGAUGGUGCAUUGGGUUCAAGUUUCAUUUUUACAUAGGUAUCUUCCAAUUACUGGAGACUAA